GUAGGAAAAGUGGCAUUUCUCCUAAAAAAUCAAAAUACAUGACUCCAAUGCAACAGAAAUUGAAUGAGGUGUAUGAAGCAGUUAAGAAUUACACAGAUAAACGAGGCAGGCGACUGAGUGCCAUCUUCUUGAGACUGCCAUCUCGGUCUGAACUUCCUGACUAUUAUGUAACCAUUAAAAAGCCUGUUGACAUGGAAAAGAUCAGAAGUCAUAUGAUGGCAAAUAAAUACCAGGAUAUUGAUUCCAUGGUAGAGGACUUUGUAAUGAUGUUCAAUAAUGCUUGCACGUAUAAUGAGCCAGAAUCUUUGAUUUAUAAAGAUGCACUGGUCCUGCAUAAAGUUUUGCUUGAAACUCGAAGAGAAAUAGAAGGAGAUGAGGAUUCUCAUGUGCCCAAUGUCACUUUGCUAAUUCAGGAACUUAUCCAUAACCUUUUCGUAUCUGUUAUGAGCCACCAGGAUGAUGAGGGCAGAUGCUACAGCGACUCCUUAGCUGAGAUUCCUGCUGUUGAUCCUAACUUCCCAAAUAAACCUCCUCUGACUUUUGAUAUUAUCCGAAAAAAUGUUGAAAAUAAUCGCUAUAGAAGAUUGGACUUGUUCCAGGAGAAUAUGUUUGAGGUACUGGAGAGGGCAAGGAGAAUGAACAGGACUGAUUCAGAGAUUUACGAGGAUGCGGUUGAACUUCAGCAGUUCUUUAUUAAAAUUCGAGAUGAACUUUGUAAGAAUGGAGAGAUUCUUCUGUCACCUGCUCUCAGCUAUACCACCAAGCAUCUUCACAACGAUGUAGAAAAGGAAAAGAAGGAAAAGCUGCCCAAAGAAAUCGAGGAGGAUAAGCUCAAAAGAGAGGAAGAGAAGAGAGAAGCUGAAAAGAGUGAAGAUUCUUCUGGAUCAGCUGGGCUGUCAAGCUUGCAUAGGACUUACAGCCAGGAUUGCAGCUUCAAGAACAGCAUGUACCACGUAGGAGAUUAUGUGUAUGUGGAGCCUGCUGAAACCAACUUGCAACCUCAUAUAGUCUGUAUUGAGAGGCUGUGGGAAGAUUCAGCUGGAGAGAAAUGGCUCUACGGCUGUUGGUUUUACCGACCAAAUGAAACAUUUCAUCUCGCAACACGAAAAUUCCUGGAGAAAGAAGUUUUUAAAAGUGACUAUUACAAUAAAGUUCCUGUUAGCAAAAUUUUAGGCAAAUGUGUGGUCAUGUUUGUCAAGGAAUAUUUUAAAUUGUGUCCUGAAAACUUCAGAGAUGAGGAUGUCUAUGUCUGUGAGUCACGUUAUUCUGCAAAGACAAAAUCUUUUAAAAAGAUUAAACUGUGGACUAUGCCCGUAAGCUCUGUAAGAUUUGUCCCACGAGAUGUGCCCCUUCCUGUUGUCCGUGUUGCUUCUGUGUUUGCUAAUACAGACAAAGUAGACGAGGAAAAACAUGCUGAAACAUUGGAGGACAGUAAGAUGGGAGAAAGUAUCCUUCAUCUUGAAAAGGACAAAGAAGAUGUUCCGGUAGAAAUGUCCAAUGGAGAACCUGGUUGCCAUUACUUUGAACAGCUCUGCUACAAUGAUAUGUGGCUUAAGGUUGGGGACUGUGUCUUCAUAAAAUCACAUGGGUUAGUGCGACCUCGAGUAGGAAGGAUUGAAAAGAUGUGGGUGCGAGAUGGAGCUGCAUAUUUCUUUGGCCCAAUCUUUAUACAUCCUGAAGAAACUGAACAUGAACCAACUAAAAUGUUCUACAAGAAGGAAGUGUUUUUGAGUAAUUUGGAGGAGACCUGUCCGAUGACUUGCAUUUUGGGGAAGUGUGUGGUUCUGUCAUUCAAAGACUUCCUCUCCUGCAGACCAACAGAAAUCUCUGAAAACGAUGUUUUUCUUUGUGAGAGCCGCUACAAUGAAAGCGACAAACAAAUGAAGAAAUUUAAAGGGCUGAAGAGGUUUUCACUCUCUGCAAAAGUUGUAGAUGACGAAAUAUACUAUUUUAGAAAACCCAUAGUUCCUCAGAAGGAACCAUCUCCACUACUGGAAAAGAAGAUUCAGCAGCUAGAAGCAAAAUUUGCUGAGUUGGAAGGAGGCGAUGAGGACAUGGAAGAGAUGGGAGAAGAGGAAGGUGAUAUCACUGAAACACCUUCUAUGCCUCAGCUUCAGACCCCGUUAGCUAGUGACUUGGAUAUAAUGCCUUAUACUCCACCACAGUCCACUCCCAAGUCUGUUAAGGGCAGCACCAAGAAGGAGGGAUCAAAAAGGAAGAUCAACAUGAGUGGGUACAUCUUAUUUAGCAGCGAGAUGAGAGCUGUGAUUAAAGCUCAGCACCCAGACUACUCCUUUGGAGAGCUCAGCAGGCUUGUAGGAACUGAAUGGAGAAACUUGGAAGCAACAAAAAAAGCAGAAUAUGAAGAGCGGGCAGCUAAAGUUGCUGAGCAGCAGGAGAGAGAGCGAGCAGCACAGCAGCAGAAUUCCUCCCCCCGGGCAGGCACUCCUGUCGGGGCUCUUAUGGGGGUGGUGCCGCCACCAACACCAAUGGGAAUGCUCAAUCAGCAGUUGACACCCGUUGCAGGCAUGAUAAGUGGCUAUCCACCGGUGCUGCCACCUUUGCAGGGCCCAGUUGAUGGCAUUGUUAGCAUGGGCAGCAUGCAGCCACUUCACCCAGGGGUGCCCCCACCCCACCAACUUCCGCCAGGUAUGCCAGGCAUCCCAGGCAUCCCACCACCCGGUGUUAUAGGCCAAAAUGUGUCCCCCAUGGUAGGCACUCCAGCACCCGGAGCAAGUCCUUUUGGACAGCAGAUAGGAAUCCUUGGCCCGCCAGGACAGCAGGCACCCCCUCCGUAUCCUGGCCAGAGCCCAGCAAGUCAGCCGGUUAUGCAGCAGCCCACAACUCCCAUGUUUGUCUCCCCUCCACCAAAGACACAGAGGCUUCUUCAUUCUGAAGCCUAUCUGAAGUAUAUUGAGGGGCUGAGUGCUGAAUCAAAUAGUAUUAGCAAGUGGGACCAGACCCUUGCAGCACGAAGACGAGAUGUCCACUUAUCAAAAGAACAAGAGAGCCGACUCCCUUCACAUUGGUUGAAAAGUAAAGGGGCUCAUACCACAAUGGCCGAUGCAUUGUGGCGUCUGCGAGACUUGAUGCUACGAGACACCCUUAAUAUCCGUCAGGCAUACAACAUAGAAAAUGUUUAGUCACAUAAUUGCUUCUUUCUUUGAUACUGGCAUAUAAGGAGUUUUGUGGAACAAUAGCUGUUUUAGUUACUGGGUGGGAAGAGAUAACCAACAAUAAUUUGUAUUGCAUUUUACUGUACAUUGCAAGACCAUUUUUAUAUAAGGACACUUUUAAUAAGCAUAUUUCACUUUUUGUUAUAUUAAGUUGACUUUAUCAAAUACACAGAUUUUUGCAUAUGUUUCCUUUGUUUGAAAGGCGAUUUCAUAAUUGGUUAAGUGUAGUCAAGGAUUCAUCUUUCUUAUACUUUAUUGCUGAGAAUCUGAUGCCAUUGUUUUUAUAUAAAAGAAGAAAAA